AUGACGGUGUUUGAAUUUUUAAAAGGAACAACUAAUCUGACAUUUUUUAUAUUAUGUUUCUUCAGAUCUUACAAUAAAGUAGUGAAAAGCUAUUUUCAGACGACCGAAGCCGAUCAGCUUCAAGCAGACAUUCAAUUGCAUAGGAAGAUUGUGGCAGCGGCGGAACGUUUGGCUAACGAUCGUACCACUAACAAGCUGGUGAGGAAGAAAAGGAAAAGGGACUUCAAGGCGGCUGCCACUAAGCUACGAGGUCUGGAGAAGGGACUGUACCAGCUACGGUUGUCGGCUUCGAAGCCAGACAUUUCGGAGUUUGAUGGUUUAUCACAGUUGCCAAAGUCGAGUGUUGGAAGCGGGUUUUCGCUGAAUAGUUUGAGUACGUUUUUUAAUUUUGGAUUAAGUUUUUUUAAAUUUUUUAAAGCAGUCUAAACGGUGUAUAAAUAUAAUAUGCAAUACUAAACAAUAAUUUUAACUUUUCAGAACACUGGCCUAACUUUAUGAAUCCGAAGAUCGGCUUUGUAGCUAAGUCGUGUCCCACAACGCCUCGAGGUUCUAUUCAGGAUAUGUCGCAGGAAGAUGUGGAGAAACUGUCAGUUGGCAAAGCCUUCAACAUGAGAGGGCCUGCGCAACGAACGGCCAAUAAGAUCUCGGCCUUGAAUUGGGCCGAGAAACAACGACGAUCUUCCGGAGCUCUUCCACCUUCGGUCCCACAACGAAAACACACGACUGGUUCUUUAGGAUAUUGCCAGUCAGAUUCGUCAUCUCUAGCAUGUCAAUCUACAUCAAGUAUAGCAUUUGAAACCCCCACCUACUCUAAUAUUGGCUACGAAUCAGUGGUUCCUUAUCAGAGUUCAUAUCGUCGUUCCAAUUUUCCCACGCUACAGGAACGGUACGGACUUGCGAGUAGAUCCAGAAGUACGUCGAGCUACGGAGAACCGAUUAGAAGGACAGAGUACCAUGGACAACAUCAGAGUACGAUAAGUGAAAAGAGAGAUACGGAUUCAGUGAUAGCUACAGGCUUCUCGACGUCAAGUUUGGAUAGAAGAAUGCUCAGAAGUAGACCGACAAGCACGACGUCAGUGAACCCACAGUUGAGGGAUUCUACAUCGUCAGGGGUUUCUAGUGCUUCUUCAUUCGCUGGGUCACCGUGCACGAUGUCACGGACGACAACUUUUCCAGUUUCUCCAGAAUACGGGUGAGUUACUGUAGUUUUAUACAGUCUUUACUGUAUAUCUUACACAGAAGUUGUGUAGUACUUUUUUACAUUGUAUUUUAAAGACGUAUCAUGUUUUAUAUUGUUAUCCCAUGACUUAUUACAGAGAACCCUCCUCUCACACCAUGACCUCAUCCAUAUCCAGCUCCCGCCUCCAACCUCAGAACAUUGAUCAUAUAUUAUCAUCGAUAUCGUCCCGUGCUGCCAUUCAUUUCAAAAACAGUCCAGCUUUAGGUAGUCCGUCCAAGAAGACGGCUACCGUAGUGUAG